AUGGGAUUUUUGUAUGGUGUGCUUAUGGAUGUCAGCGAGAAACAGCCUUACAGUGUGGGUAAAAGAGAGAUAAAUGAAGCUGUUGAAAUGCUUAAAAAGAAUUUAUCCACCGGGCGUGAGGGUUUUAGUGUCAUUGCGCAGGUGGCGGGGAAGGUGCGGGAGUAUAAUGAGAGAGUUAAGCAAAGUAACGAUGAUAUGAAAACCAUAAUAAACAAUAUGGACAGAGACAUGAAAACGCUUCAAAAUGAGGUAGGUAACAUUCUACGAAAUAAUCCUGAUUCAGAAAAUUUUGAUGAAGUCAAGCAGGCUGAAACCUUGGUCACUAAGCUGGCCGACGAGUAUGCAAAAAAAGGUAUGAAUUUCGAUAGUAAUUUUGUCAUAAGAGAGAUAAACGCAUGGAGGACAGGUGCUAAUGUUGAGCCAAUACAGCAAUUCAAAGACAUAAAUUCUGACCUGAGAUUAAAAAUCACCCAUGCAAGAAACAAUAUCACGCAUGAGGCUGAGAGGCUUACGACACUGUCAAAGAAGCAGAAAGAGAACUUGGCUGCGAUGACUAGUAUGAUUAGUAAUAAGCUCAAAACGCUUAAAAGCUGUGUCAAUGAGCGAAUUUUGCAAGAUGUCAAUGAGCUUGUUAGCAAGGUGAAUGAGAAAGUUGCGGCAAUUUUGCAAUUGCUACAGAGGAUCAGCGCGACGCUUUGGAAUUAUGUUAAUGAAUUGGGGAGGUGGAUUAAGGAUGCGGAAGGAAUUGUGACUCAAGCAAUUAAGGACACGAAAGAAAUCGAGCAAAAAGGACCGGGUUGGCAAAACCAGGAUAAGAUCAAUGAGAAAGCAAAGGAGUUCAAGGACAAGGCUACGGAUCUCUACUGGAAAUUUGAGGGUGCGAAGCGGUCAGUUGAGGAGGGCGUAAAAAGCGCGAAAAUUGAGAAUGUUGAGCAGUUGACUACGUGGAAGAAGGCAGGCGACGCGGCCGUUACGAAGGCGAAGAGACAAGGUGCGGCAAUUGGUGAGAUGGUUCAGACUAAAGGUGCAGGUAAGGAGGAUAUUUAUAAGUUAGCUAACGAUAUGAAAACAAAGGCUGAGAAUCUCAGAGCGGCGGCGAAGCAUAUUAAGAAAGAGAUUGGAGGAUGGGUUAAAACAGCGCUUACGCAGGUGAAGGAUAUGGAUGAGGCGCUGAAGAAGGAUUUGUAUAAGGUGAAGGAGGCUGUUAGUAGGCAGGUAGAAGGGAUUAAGACGGCGAUUGGGAAGUUGUAUAAAGUGGUUGAGACUGGAGACACGGAAGGGGCAACGCACAACUCAAUGGUCGAGAUGGUCGACCUUAUAAAAAAUAAGAUAAAGACCAUUGAAGGGGUAGGCGGAAGGUUCGUAACUAAACCAACCGGGCUGUGGGCAAUCAGUCAGCAGGUUCCGACCUACGUUAAGACGUUUGAGAACUUUGAUGCGACGGUCGCUGAUUGGGUGAGGGAGAUUGUGAGAAGGAUGGUAGCAAAUAAUGGUCCCCUGCAUGAGCAUAUUGACAUGUAUGCUUCCGAAAUAGAAACUCUGCAAAAUAACCGUGAACAACUGCUUCCUAAGGUGAAGGAACAAAUCAUUACCAAGGUCAUAGCCAAGGUAAAAGAAAUUGCGUUAGCUCACAAAGCGGAUCUUGCCACCAAUGGAAAUGUGGAAACCGAUUUAAAAUUGAUUAAAAGAUUCCUUGAUCACUUUAAUGGGCAAAGUCUACAGAAUGGUGUUGACCAUAUAGUCAGUGCUAUAGAGAAGGCAGGUGAAUUACAAGUGGAUCCCUCCAAACAAAAUGUUAUACACAACUCAGAUCUGAAGAAUGCCGUAAAUAUAGUUUUGCAUGUUUUUUCAAUGGCUGCUGAAAAAAUGGGUGAGCAAAUUCAGAAGCUUGCUACUGACUGCCAUCUCGGCAAAAUCAACGAGGCAUUGACCACGGCUAGCGAUUUUGAAGAGAAAUUGAAACAAGCUACAGGAAACCAAUCCGUUGGAACAUCCAGCAGUAGGAUUAACUUUGCCCUCGCCGUCGACAACGCGAUCAGGGAGGUGACGGAAGAGCUUGGGAGAAAAUUGAUUACCGCCGCUGGUGAUACAGUCACGCUGGAAACAACGACUGCCUUCUCCAAAUACGAUGGCUUUGUCGACCAAGACAAAGUGUCCUCCCUUUCCAACUCUGACUUCGAAGCCAUCAAAAGCGCAGGCUCCCUCCCCGCGGCGAUCGGUGCGAUAAAGACGCAGGUGACGAGUAAGCUUAACGAAGGUAAACUAGCAUCAGAAAUAGAUGCCUCUGACACUUUCACCGAUCCCUUCGGUAAAAUCACCGAAAAACUCAAAACCAUCGCCGGGCUGGUUGACAGCGACAAAAGUAAUCUGCGUCCAGCACCGGGAGAUGGCCAGAAGAACGGCGUGAACAACUACCUGAAUGAUAUUACAAGUAUGCUUGGCAAAACUCCCGUCGACCUCAAGUCAGAUAUAAAAGGGAGCCACCCAAAUGUCAAAGGCCUCGAGACGAUAAAGAGUGAAAUCGACUCCGCGCUCGACGGGAUUAAAAAUAAAGCUGACGCAGAAUUUGAUGCCGCAAAAGCAACUACAGACAGCGGAAACAUAUUCACAACUUUGUCCACCGCGAUCACUACGAAUCUCAAAGACCUUUUGGCAGCUUUCGAGGAGGCAGGCAAACAAGUGAACAAACAUUUGCAAAAAUUAAAAACCAACAUCGGCAAGAAGGAACAUGGCGCUGAUGCUGCAGUUGGUACGCUGCAGAAAAUCCACGACAAUCUUGUUACCUUGUUGAACGGUGACAUUAGCCAAGUCAUCAAUGACGCCACUGCCUUCAAAAAACAAGCCAAUCAAUUGCGUGAUAAAACAAUCGGAGCACUCAACGGACACGUCGAAGAUGAAGUUAAAAAAGCCGAAACCGCCCUCAUCACCCAGGCCAACAAAAACUACGUCACGUCCGUCAAAGAGAUGCUGACUGCCUUCGCCGACAAGGUGCAGAAGGAACUGAAGCCCCUCCCCGGCGAGAUCGACACCGACAGGCAGCACGGCUUUAAGGGUUUCAUGCGGACGUUGCAGGGGACGUUCAACGGUGAUGAGACUUUGACUGACAAUAUUGACAAACUCAAGGGUCUCGUAAGUGAACUGUCAGGGACUGUGAAUCACAAGGAGGCGUUCGCAAAAUUGUCGCAAAAAUUAAAGGAGUUCUGCUCACCACUUCACGACUACCUCAAAGAAGAGAUCAGAAGGGUUCACGCAGCGAAUCAAGAGAAAACAAAUCCCAAGCCAUCUGGCGACGAACAGCUCUACACCUCCAAACUCGAAGCUGCACAUAUCGCGCUCAACAAUCUACUCGAUCACAUUAGUAAUCACCGCUACAACCACGAAGUGCCCGCCUUGCUUGACAUCCUCUCCACUAAAGUCGAUGGUCUGCACCCCAAGACAUUCAAUGAACCGAGCACUCCGCUGCUUGACGGCGUUGGCAAGGGUGUUCACGGGUUCGUUAGUGAACUGGACAAGGCGUACAUCUCGACCUACGACAGUGAGACCUUUGGCGGUGAGAUGUUCGAGAAAGAUAAAUUAACAGCCUAUGGCACAAAAUUCGCCAAAAUAUGCUUCACCGUGGUAUGCACCCUCAACUCCACGUUGACCGACUUGACGCACAAUUGCAAGAGUCUACGUGGACAGCAAAUUAAUAAGUCCACCGACGUGGGAAGAUCAUUCGUCGGCCACGGCUACGCGGUCUCCGAUGCGGCGCUGCAGAACGGCGAGUUGCAAAACAAACCGACAGUGGCGGGAGAGAACGUUGCUAAGCGGUUGCUGCUACCAAUUCGCGGCGCCGACGAGAACCAACACCUUAAAUGGUGUGAAUCGAACGAGCAGAGAAAAGCCGACCACUUCCACGUCUUCGACGCCAUUGACUGCAUAUUCAGCCACUUCGAGCAGUACAACGAACUCUGCCACCUGCUCACGGCCUCAGCGAAGCAGCACCCCUGCUCCGUGUACGACAUAUUGAUCUGGCUCAGCGGUUUCCCGUACACUGCAGUAUAUGCUACGAUGAGUGAUAUAACCAUCAGUGAUCUAUUUGACAACCCGCAUAAGAAGGCGGCCGGCGACGACGAACUUGAGCUCACAUCGACUGACAUGGCAGCCCAAUCCAUAACGGCGCACCCCCGAAACAUAUCGUAUACUUACGUACGUAAAGCCGUGGACCAUAUCUGUGCGACGUCCUAUGACGUAUUGACUGCCGUUGUCGGCACUGGCGACUCCAGGACCGUUUACGCCUCCGACUUCUGCAACAACUCAUUCAACUUCCAUUACCCAUCGGAUCCGUCGGACUGCCUGGACAUGCUGCUGGACCUACUGCGCCGAUUGUUGCCCGUGUUCCGGUUCUUGGAACUGCAGUGUAACAUCAAGCCUGAACACCACGGUUGGUCACAGUGCCGCUACGGGAGGGACAUCCCUACAACCAAAUCGCAGUGUAACGAGCACUCAAGCGAAGAAGCAAGCGGACAAGCAAAGUGCCAAGUAAACUGCCAGCCAACGUCCCCCCUUAUGUUAUACCUCAGUGACAGCCUCCCUGGCCAUCUGCCGCACCAACUGCAGUCAGUGGGAUGCAGAGCGAAAUGCAGCACCUGCCCUAAGAACCAACCAGGGCAACUGUGCUUGAUUCCUCUCGGAUUCAAGGGCUUCUCGGGAAGCUCCAAAACGGGCAGACAGUUGUGCGAAGCAAUCAAGAUCUUCAUCGGUACAGGCUUAAUAUCCUCACUGAUGUGCCUCCUGCCGAAGCCACCAUCCACGCUGCCCGAGCACUUCCAGUUUGUAUUCACGUUGGUUGGUGCGUUUAAUGCUAACAGAGAUGUCAACUCAAAUGCCGUCAAUGCUGCGUUUGUGAAGGCAAUAAGGAAGCAGUCCAUCGACUUGUAUGCGGAGCCAUCAGAACUCACAGGCGCGCUUCAGAAGGCUUAUAACAGCAACGAGCAGCACGACGGUACGGAGCAUCCCAAAGCUUCAGAUGCCGAUUUGUCAACAUUGUCUAAAGCAAAGACAUGUAAUUAUCCGAACAAGGAUGUUCACUGCGCUCCGUACCUGUCCACGUUGUACAGUGAUGCAUACCACUACGCUGCCGAGAAGCACGCCGGUCUCUACCUGUCAUGGGCAGUGUACUUACCGUGGUCGUUUUGGCAGUGUCUUGAAUCUUUGUUCAAAGCGUUUACCAACAUAUCCUGUCAGGAUUGGGGAUGUAGUCGCUGCACGCACGGCACGGCUUGUAAACGGGGUAAGCAUGGCGCUGCCUAUAAUUGCCAGUGCAAAGGCCUCGUUGAAUGCCGCGGUGUCAUAAGCACGUUAUAUAGUUUCGGAUUCACGUUUGGCAAUCCAGCGACGCUUUCAGCUGCAGAGGGAAAAAGGUAUUGCCACAAUUUCUACAGACAACUCCACAAUGUAUUAAAUUCCAACUACUUCAGAACGCUGUUCGAAAAAUGCGACGAAUUCAUUUUCACCAUCAGACAGCCGUUCAUAUGGAUGACCGUGGCGCUCUGGUCACUAUCUCUCUUCUACCUCCUUUGCGUAAUGGUUGGCAGACUGGAUGUGCUCCACAUACGCUCACACCUGAGGAUACCGUCAUCACACAAGAUAACGGCGCAAUCAUUGUUGGCUGCAGCGCAAGUCGGAAGGCUUGCCAAGAUAUCGUAUCUACAACCGUAA